AUGCCACCGAGGUGGGAUCCAUUACGCGCUAUCAACGCUCCAUCAUUUGGGAAAAAGAAAGAUCCAGCAAACGAUGACUCGGAAGAUGAUGAUGAUUUGGAGCUUGGGUCCGUGGAAGGUUUUAUCUACGAGGUCCCCAAGAACAUUCGUCAAGGAAAUGAAAAAGCCUAUACUCCUCAAUUAAUUUCAAUAGGCCCUCUUCAUUACAGAAAAAAAAUUUUGGCUAAAAUGGCAAAGUAUAAAUUGAGCUAUCAAAAGAAAUUUUGUGAAAGGACUUCGACUAAGACAUUGGAAGAUUUUUGGCGCUUCGUUGAGCACAAGGAAAAAGCAAUUCUCAACUGUUAUGAAGCAUCAUCCAUCAUAGACGAUGACAUUGUAGUGAUGAUAUUUUAUGAUGCACUCUUUAUCGUCGAGCUCUUAUUGAGGAACUAUGAGAAGGAAAAUGCACAAGAGUUGGGAAUUAAAGACUUCUUAUUAAAAGGAACGUGGUCAGCUGGUCUUCGGAGGGACUUGCUCUUACUUGAAAAUCAGAUCCCUUUCUUUGUGCUUGAAGAACUAUAUAAGUUAUACUGUAACUUCCCUCGUGAAGACAAAUUUGAUUCUUGUGCUGCCCCUGCCUCUGCUUUUCCCUUUCUUUAUCAUGCUUGCCUCUACUUUGAUAUUCCAUGGGAUAAAAGGUUCGAGGAUGCAGAAAUCCUACACUUCACCGGUUUGUUGAGAUGCCAUCUGGUUAAAAACUGCGCCUCAAAUUCAGAUCCAUCCAUGGCCCAAAAAAGAAAAACUGAAUCAGUGUAUAGUGCGACAAUGUUGCAUGACGCUGGUGUUGAGCUUAAACCAGUAGAUGAUCAAAGUGCAAGCUGGCUCGAUAUAAAAUUUGAAGGGAAAGAGCUUAAAAUCCCCAAAUUGAAUGUGCACUCGAACACGGAAGCUUACAUUCGCAACGUGAUGGCCUUGGAGAUGUGCCACUAUCCAGGUGAAACCUAUGUUUGUGCUUACAUAGAACUAAUGAAUUAUCUCAUUAGAUCUGACAAAGAUGUAGAUUUGUUAAUGGAAAAGGGGGUUUUAAGCAAAGACGGUAAAAACGAGGGAAUUAUCGUUAGCAGAAUAAAUCCCAGUAAAGCAUUGGCAAGUAUGAUUAAGAAACUUAUGCAGGGAGUAGGCGAGCCUGCUGCUUGCUACCGGGAAACAGGGAGUCGAUUAAACAAAUAUUACAAAAAUGCUCGGAAGCACGUAAUAGCAACAUUCUGCAAGGAGAAUCUAGCAAUUCUGAAGCGUGUGUAUUUCACCAAUCUUUGGCGAGGAACUGGAACUGUCGCUGCUUUUAUGGUGGUUGUGCUCACUCUCAUUCAAACCGUGUUGGCAUUUCUUAAAUGA